CACUUCAUCUAAUGAACAGUCACCUCUUCGCCGGAAUGCCGGAUUUUGGCAACAACAAAAAGUUCUUUUUCAGGGUUUUUGCUUCAAUCCUACUUUUCUCUGCUGUUAAUGGCAUUGUAGUCGGAGUUAACUCUCAAUCCCCUAACAUCAACAUCGAGUCCUCCACAGCUCACGUCAUCGUCAAAUCAUUCUGUAGUGCCACCCUACACCCGGAUCUAUGCUACUCCACACUUUCCGGUAUCCCUGAAAUCACCGAAAAAAUCACAACUCCAAAAGACGUCAUCGAACUCGCUGUCAAUAAAACCAAAGAGAUAGUCCAAAGAAACUACUUCACCAUAAAGAAGCUUACAGUUAAGACUGAUCUCACGAAACGUCAGAAAAUCGCUCUCCAUGACUGUCUGGAGAUGGUCGCCGAGACACUUCAGGAACUCAACCAGGUCAUCGCUAUCCUGAGUGCUUAUCCGAUGAAGAAAGGGAGUCGCCGACAUGUUGAUGGCUUGAUGACACUUAUGAGCACCACCUUGACCAACCAGGAAACAUGCAUUGACGGAUUCUCACACGACAAACAUGAUAGGCAGCUUCGAGAAUCGCUUAUCGCUGGAGAGAUCCACGCCGAGAAGUUGUGUAGUAUAUCAUUAGCCAUGAUCAAGAACAUGACCGACACAGAUAUGGCCAACCAAGUCGAGAUAAAUGGGCGGAAGUUAAAGGAGGAAGAGGAUGACGAGUGGCCGGAGUGGUUGUCCAUUGGUGACAGAAAGCUGUUGCAGUUAGGGACAGUGACGCCUAACGUGACUGUAGCCGCGAAUGGAAGUGGUAACUUUACAACGGUUUCUGCUGCCGUGGCUGCUGCUCCGGCUUCAAGCGCAACCAGGUAUGUGAUUAGGAUAGCAGCAGGGGUGUACAGGGAAAAUGUCAACAUUCCUAGUAAUAAAAGGAACUUGAUGUUUCUGGGUUCCGGAAGAACUUCCACAAUAAUCACCGGAAGCAGAAGUGUUGCCGGCGGCAGCACCACAUUCAAUUCUGCAACUGUCGCGGCUGUGGGUGCUGGAUUUCUAGCGCGGGACAUAACGUUUCAAAAACACCGCUGGGCCCUCAGGGAACCAAGCGGUGGCACUACGAGCACAGUCGACUUCAUAUUUGGCAAUGCUGCAGCCGUUUUUCAAAAUUGUGAUAUACACGCUCGUCGUCCUAACCCAAACCAAAGGAACAUGGUUACAGCUCAAGGCCGAAGCGACCCUAACCAGAAUACAGGAAUUGUGAUACAAAAAUCAAGGAUAGGAGCUACAUCAGACCUUCUACCGGUGCAAGGAAGCUUUCCGACAUACCUAGGGAGGCCUUGGAGGGAAUACUCGAGGACAGUGGUGAUGCAAUCAACGAUAAGCAACGUGAUAAAUCCGGCAGGAUGGUUUCCUUGGAACGGGGAUUUUGCACUUAAUACGUUGUAUUACGGAGAGUACCAAAAUACAGGGGCUGGAGCUGCUACGGCGAAUAGAGUGACAUGGAGAGGGUACAGGGUGAUUAGGGAUGCUACGGAAGCUGGAGGUUUUACUGCCGGAAACUUUAUCGAUGGUGGUAGUUGGUUAAGAGCCACCGGCUUCCCUUUCUCUCUUGGGCUGUGA